AUGACUCUAUUUCGGAAGCUGGUGCUAUUACCAGCUAUAUUAGUAUUAGUUAAAUCCGAAUUCCCUAUAGACGUUGAGGAACCACUAGAAAGAAAUAAUGUCGGAGAUGAGGUUUAUAGACUUCCCGAAGAUCUAGAUCCAAUUCAUAUAGAAUUUGAAAUGACACCGUACUUCGAAGCUGAAGGCAACAAUGAGGCGUUUACAUUCGAUGGUAUUGUUACGUUAACUGUUAGAGCUGUCAAAGAUAAUGUUUCAUCGUUAGUCCUUCACGAGAAUGUAAGACAAAUUUUAUCAGUGAUGGUUACAAACGAAACUGGUACGCCAUUAAUAUUAGACCCAAUGAACCCAAUCGAGAGAAUUCGAGACUAUCAUUUUUUGAGAAUAAACUUAGGACAAGGAGUCACAUUGGUCAAUUCAGAAAUUUAUAUAAUUACUAUCUCAUACAUUGGUAACAUAAAUGAAACACCACUGAGCAGAGGUGUUUUUCGAGGUAGUUAUAGAGGCAGUGAUGGAAGAAUACAUUGGUAUGCGGCUUCACACUUACAACCAACUAAUUCAAGACAAGCGUUCCCUUGUUUUGACGAGCCUGGUUUUAAAUCAACUUUCGAUAUAAUAGUUAACCGUCCAGAAAAUUUCACUCAAACGUUUUCAAAUAUGGCAAUCAGAGAAGAGUUACGGGUAGGAAAUCGUAUCAAAGAAAUCUUUCACAGAACACCUAGAAUGUCAGCAUACUUAGUGACGAUUCACAUCAGCGAGGAGUUUACUGUGAUCGCGGAUAAUAAUAAUGAUAAUGCUUCUUAUCGUAUUCUUGCUAGACCAAAUGCUCAAGGUCAAGGUGACUAUGCUCUACAAGUAGGUCCACCUCUGACUACGUGGUUGGAGAAUUAUUUCGGUAUUCCAUAUUAUACAAUGGCUGAAAAUAUGAAGAAUGAUCAAAUUGCGUCUCCGGAUUGGGCAUCUGGAGCUACUGAAAACUGGGGUUUAGUUUCAUACAGAGAACUUCGUUUGCUGUAUGAAGUAGGGGAGACCAACGAAUUGGAUAGAAUGACUAUUGGUACUAUAACCGCUCACGAGCUUGCCCAUAAAUGGUUCGGUAACCUCAUCACUUGCCGAUGGUGGGAUAAUGUUUGGAUCAAUGAGGGUUUUGCGAGCUAUUUCGAAUACUUUGCUAUGGAUGGUGUUGACCCUUCGAUGGAGUUGGCUGACCAAUUCAAUAUCAGAUACUUACAAAGUGCAUUGGCCUCCGACUCCUCAGCCUCAACUAGAGCUUUACAGCAUACGGUGAAUUCACCUGCCCAAGUUACUGGACAUUUUUCUGGCAUUAGCUAUACUAAAGGAGCUUCCUUGCUUCUUAUGUUAAAGCAUUUUGUCAGUGAGCCAACUUUUAAAAAGGCUUUGCACCACUUCCUUGUUGAAAGGUCAUAUGAGCAUGCUUUCCCAGUAAAUUUAUAUAAUAGUUUUGCAAUAGCAGUUGCCGAAGAUAACGCUAUUAGUAGUGAUUUGAAUAUAGCUGAAAUAAUGCGAUAUUGGGUUGAACAACCCGGAUACCCAGUACUUAAUGUUGAGGUCAAUAUGAAUAAUGGAGUUAUGAGACUUUCGCAGGAAAGAUUCUUCAUUAAUGCUUCAGCGAACCAAACUGGGCAGAUCUGGCCGUUGCCUCUUACCUUUACGACCGGUAAUAAUACUAAUUGGGAUAAUCUGACGCCGUCUCAUGUUAUGCUUGGUGACACAAUGGAAAUAACAAAAAAUCCCGGUCAUGAGUGGGUCAUUUUUAACGUGCAACAAAAAGGUAUCUAUCGAGUCAACUACGACAACCAUAUGUGGGAAAUGAUUGCUGAUACUCUCCAAAAUAAUUAUUUAAGCAUUCACCACCUAAAUAGAGCACAGAUUGUCGACGACAUCUUCGCGCUUAUGAGAUCUGAACGCAUAACGUACAACUUGGGUUUCAAAGUUCUAGACUUCCUUAAAACGGACACGAACUACUAUUCCUGGUUUCCAGCGAUCACUGGAUUUACCUGGAUUAGAAAUAGGUUGCUGCAUUUACCAGACGAAUUGAGACAAUUCGAUGAAAUUCUCUUCGAAUUCCUGGACGCUGUUAUCGCUGACUUAAGCUAUGACGUAGAGGAUGGAGAGCCCUUAACAAGGACCUUACACCGUUCUGCUAUACUAGCAUUUGCGUGCGACAUCGGUCAUGAAGGUUGCGUUUCAAAUGCUAUUACACGAUUCAAUGCAUUGAGGACAAACGGAACAAGAGUAAACCCUAAUUUGAGGAGGCAUGUCUUCUGUCAAGGUAUACUCAAUGGCGGAUAUGACGCCUGGCGUUUCAUAUACGAUCGUAGACUGAACUCAAACAACCAAGCAGAUCAAGUCGUCAUGCUUCGAUCUCUCGGUUGCACUAACGAUGAGAGAGCUAUACAAGAGUUUCUCCAGAUGAUUCUUAGUGAUGAUCUAAAGGCUCAAGACAGUGUAAACGCUUUCACAUUCCUCUUUAUGGGUAACAGAGGAAAUGCCAGAACCGCAUUGCAGUUUGUUAUAAAUAAUGUAGAAGAAAUUAGACGGAAAGUCGUUCUCCCUGCGUGGUUUGGGAACGUACUGAGUAAUCUAGCGUCCUACAUGGAUGAAGAAGGACUUCAAGAGAUGGAGAGAUGGCUAAGUGCGAACCAAAACACGGUACCUAGUGCACAGACAGGACUGAGCGCGAUUGAGAGCGCUCGUGCUAACAUGCGUUGGGGAACAGACAGAGCUCAAGCGAUUUUAAGAGCGGCAAGAGGUUCCGCGGGAAGAGCCUUACCAACAGUUUUAUUAUUGUUGACUGCAUCAUUUGCUUUAUUGUUAAGAUAA